AGAUGGAAAUGGGCUCAAGGCCUAGUUAAAAGAAAUUUCAGAGAUGUUGACAGGUUGGGCCUUGUGUAAAAUCUAUACUGUCAAGUCUCUCUGCCAUAGCUUCCAUCUUGCAGUUUUCUGUGUCGUUAGGGCGAGGAAAAUACAAUUACAAACUUGGUUUUCCUUGAAAGCUUGAGCCAUUGAGGAAAAUAAAUGGAGCGUACGCUGUGGGGACAUUUACCGCUCUUAGUAAGAGCAAACUCCAAAGAAUCAGUGGAAUACAUUCUUCAAUCCCUUUGGAGGACUCGCAAGAUUGGUCUCGAUGCUGAUGACCGACGCCUCAUCUGUGAAAUGCUUCAGCUCCAAAACGAUUCCGAUCUCGACCCACUUCUGGUAUGUCUCCGCAUGUUAAUCCGUAGAUGUGUUUAUGAGAAUAUCAGCAAAGAUGAUAUUCAAAAGUUGUUUCCAAAUGAGGUUCUUCCUGAAUUACAAAGACUAUUGGCACUUUUGCUGCAAAAGUUUCAGAAAGAAUGGCGGGCAGAUAUACACAUGGAUGAGGUUUCUUAUCCACGCUUAAAGGCAAUGACUUGGAGUAUGGCAAGUCAGGACAAUGAAGUGACAGAACCGGUGGCUGUUAUCAAUUUGAAGCUCCAAAAUGACACACAGGCUCCCCAAGGGGAGAUGGAUUUGAAGUUCCAAUUAGCUAAAGAAACCCUGGAUACAAUGCUGAAGUCUAUGUACUGUAUACGAGAUCAGUUAUCUAAUUUGGGUGAGACGUCAAAUGGACCUUGCUCCCAGGAAAUGAAUGCAGUGUAAUUUUCCAAUUACAUAAAAUGGUUUUCUUCUUAUAGCAACAGUGGCCUGAGGGAGAAAUAGUGCUUUUGGUUUUACUUAGAUAUGCUUAUGACAUGUAUGGAAUCAUAGAUUAGUUGAUAUUGACCAUGACCAAAGCCAAGUUGAUUGUUCUAGAAAAGCUUGGUCCACAUGAAAUUGACCUGUAGUCUGGAUUUCUUUGUGUUUCUGUUGGAAUUGGAUCAUAAGCACUGAAAAUUCAAGGGUUUGACAGAGAUGAUCAAAGUUUUACUUGUAUUCAGUAGAAAUUAAAUAUUAGUCAGGGAGGAAGAGAGGGAUUAUUUUGAAUUGUAAUUUCCUGUUAAUAAAUGUUAAUAGCCUUAUCUCACAUGCAAAGAUAUUUGGUGUUACCCAUGGUGGCUAAUGAUUCUAGUUUGACUCUUUGAAUAUCUUGAGUUGUUCUGUAUUUCUUUGAUAGCGUAUGAGUUAAUGAAAGUUUGGCAAAACUAACAUAUGAAAAGCUAAAUUGAUGGUUAAUGCUCAUGAGAAGUUUUAUAUUGGUUAGCUGCCAUAUGGUUUGUAGCUAGAAUCUUGAUUUCGUUGGGGAAAAGUCAGCCUAACCCAAAAUGGAAAUCAUUUUCAGUUUGCUCCAUGUGACAAAGAUAAACAUUUUAACGUAAAUUACUGCUUUCAGAAUCAAAGGUUGAUCUUAUUAUAGGUUGCAGUUAAGAUUCCUUGUGUCGAUGUUCAGCAGUAAACUGUGGUGUUUCCUAUAACUGAUGAAGCUCCUGUUUAUUUUAUUUUAUUUUCGGAAAAGAGGAUUCAAGCUGAGAAAAACAUGCAUCUUCAUUGAACCAAAUGCAUAAGUGCUGAUAAAGCUCUUGUUAAACCUUUUUGGAAUAGAAAAUGGAUUCAUUUGUAUGAAAACUAAUCUUUGCAUGCCAAAAUUAAAUUCAUUCAGCCUUUUAUCAUGUCAUGUCGAUUGAACUUUGAAGAAUUUAAUAAUAUGUUGAUGCGAUAAUAUUAUGUGUCAUUGUCAUAUCAUAUCAUAUAUAAUAUUAUAUUA